AUGCGUUACGAGCUACGUAGCUCAUACUGCAAUGCGUCUUUCAAGAGACCCUCGGCGUCGACAGGAACGGACAGGAGCUUAAAGCCAGGGAUCGUGUCGACGGUGGUGGGCGAACCCUUCGGCCCGAGGGUAAAAAUAAUAAGCGAGCACGCCGAGGAGGAGAGUUCGGACGACGAGGCGGAAUCCGAGAGCGAGGACGAGAGCAGGAAGCUGAAGGACGAAGUAAACGCGGAAGUACCGAGCGAGUAUUGGCACAUGCAGAAGCUCGUGAAAUACAUGAAAGCGGGCAACCAGACCGCGACCACUGUUGCUCUCUGUCUGCUCAAGGAUUACGAACUCAGCAGUAAGGUGAUACAAAAGGUAAUUCACGAGAUGGGCGGCUUAGAGAUUCUGGUAAAUUUGUUGGAAACCAAGGAAAUAAAGUGCCAACUUGGCUCGCUGGCCGUUCUCUUACAAAUUUCAUCGUCGGUGGAAAUGAGGCGACUUUUGAUUGACUUGGGUAUCGUUAGUCCAUUGAUCGACCUUCUGAGGCAUCCUGCGAGGGACAUUCAAGUGCUCACUGUGGAAACUAUGGCCAACAUCGCUUUGAUAAGGAAGGCCAGGAAACAAAUUCGCGUUCGCAACGGAGUGCCGUUAAUUCUGGACAUUAUGGACGUGCCGAAUGCGAUUGUUAAGAAGCGAAUCGAGGAUCUGGACGAUUUGGAGAAGGAGUUAUUGGCUGUGGUCAUAGGUUGCGCCAAGGUGUUGAAUUCGCUGAGCAGUAGUCCGAAAAUAAAGGAAGAGCUGAGGAAGCACGGAGCUAUUUUUUUGUUCGCUCGGUUCCUCAAGUCCAAAAGUACCGAGUUAAUAAUACCGAUGAUGGGUGCUGUUCAACAGUGCUCCGAUCUCAAAGUUUUUAGACUGGCCUUUGAAAGAAUGGAUAUCAUCAUAGACAUAGUGAAACAUUUGGAAAACAAGGACUUCAAAGUGAAGGAAAAUUGCGCUCUGGCAAUUUGUAAGUGCGCCGUUAACAAGGUGACCAGGGAUAUGGUUCGUGAAUCAGGUGGCUUGGAUCCUCUUUGCAAACUCGUUAAAAAUAAAGAGGUGCACGAAAAUAAGAAUUUAUUAGCGGCUGUAACGGGCGCACUCUGGAAAUUAGCAAUGAGUCCUGAAAAUGUCGUAAGAUUCAAUCAAAAUAAUUUGGUCUCUGCACUCGAGCCUCUUCUCGGCGAGAACGAAGACGAAGAUGUGCUUACUAAUGUAGUUGGUGCUUUAGCCGAGUGCUGCAAGGAUCCAGAGAAUAGAACCAUCCUUACGUCCAAUAACGGCCUUCCCAAACUGAUAAAGUUGCUGAGCGCUACUUACGAGCCCCUGCUGGAGAACAUCCCGCUGGUGAUCGCGGAGUGCGCGCAGAACGAGGAAUGCAUGGACCGGAUAAACGAUAAGGAGCACAAGCUUGACGGCGUGAGGCUAGUCUGGUCGCUCCUGAAGCACCCGAGCGACGUCGUGAAGCGGAAUGCCUGCCUCGCCCUCGUGCCCUGCAUCCGCUACGCCAAGAAUUCACCGGAGAUGGUGCGCGCCUUCGUUGGGGGCCUCGAGCUCGUCGCCAGCCUCCUCGAGAACGAGAACAACGAGGUCCUGAGCGCGGUAUGCGCCAUCAUCGCCGAGAUCGCCAUGGACGCGGAGAACCUCGGCAUCCUCACGGAUCACGGGGUCGUGAGGAAGCUCGCCGAUCUGGUGCAUACGGAGGACGAUAAUUUACGCGCAAAUUUGACACUUGCGAUAGCUUUUUGUAGCGAAUGGGGCCAAAAUAAUUACGAGUUCGGGAGGUUGAACGCGGUUGCGCCUUUAGUCAAUUAUUUAACGAGUACGAAUAAGGAAGUGUUGAAAGGAGUGUCAAUUGCAUUCUAUCACCUUAGCAAGGAUCCCUCGAAUUGCAUAACAAUGCACACUUGUGGAGUAGUUAAGCACGUACUUCGCCUAGUUGGGUCGGACGAUCCCGAAGUCCAAAUAGCCGCCGCAACAACAAUACGACAUAUUCGUAAACUAGCACUAACGGCGGAGAAGUUCCAUUAUAAAGAAAUGUACAGUAUAAAUAAUUACAAACAAUUUUGUAAAUAUAUUCAUAGAGCGAUGUUGAUAACUUGGUUUUUCCUUUCUAUUUCUGUCAAAGACAUACACUCGAUGAAACGGAUUAUCAGAACUGAGGAACUAAUGAGACAAGAUAAAAUGCUGGAUUCAAAUUUGCAGCGAUCCAUAUUCACAGAGAUUGUUAAGCCGAUUUAACUUUGUACAAUUUCAACGCAGUAUACAUUUUGAAUCUAUAUAUACUAAAGUUAAAGUCUAUUUGUACAAACGAGGCCUUAAUAUGUAUAAAAAUUUCUUAAAUCAAACUGUUUCAACCGAGUUCGAAAGAAAUUAUUUAAAUUAUUUUUCUCAUACCAUAACGAUAAGCCAACAACCUAUAUGUUUCAAUCGCUCGAUAACAUCUCUGCUAAAUCAAUCGUUAUUAUUGUAUCUUAGAGAAUUUACAUAUUUUUCAAAAGUCCACACUAUAAAGAUUUACAUGUGAAAUUACGUUACGAGAUUUGUAAUUCAUAUCAAAAAUAACUUCAGGAUAAUUAAAAUACUGUGAGUGUUUAUUAAUCUAUCUCCUUUUCUCAUUAAAAGUUAGUCGAACAGCGAAUUAUUAUUCAAUUGUAAUAUCGAUUUUGAAAGUUUAUAAAAUAUAAGUUUUCAGAAGAUAUC